CUCGUCUCUCUGCAUCCCCCCUUCAGCAGCAGAUGUGGACAAACCAGAGGUUUAAACAUUAGCACAGUGAAUUUAGCUGAGACGAGACAACUCGGCACAGAGUGGAGGACAAACAGAGGAGGGGCCUACGUGGUGAUAUUAGACUUUCUGAUCAGACCGAUGGAGUCUUUCUCUGGAGACACAGAAGAAAGCAUUGAGUACAUUCCAGGACGCAAGAAAUCCAAACUUAAGUCUCUGAAAACUCUUCUUUUCGGGAGGAGUAAGAGAACAGGUGGAGAGAAAAACACCAAACUCAGCCAGUCAACCAGUGACAUUACUGCAGGAAAGGAACUCGGAUCAGAUGAAGACUUGGUAUGCUCCCAGAGGAUGAUGGGAUCUCGAGCAUUGUCCCAUGAAAGCAUCUUUCUGGCUGGUCAGGUCCUGACAGACCCUGAACCAGCCAAGGUCCUUUCCCAGGAGAAUGUUCACUGCAAGAUCAAGGCUCUGCAGAUGAAGCUUCAGCAGCAGAAGAUACAUUUGGGACCGCCCCCUAUGGUUCUUCCAAUCAGACGUCCAGAGGAGCCGAAUAGCCACUCAGAGGUUGACAGUUUUCGCUGCAGCCGCCCUGAGAUCUCAGGAGGCGAUGUUACAUCCCACGAAUCCGUCAGCAAGACCAUAUCCCAGGCAUCCUCUCGCCCACUCUCACCCAUUCCCAAACCUGAACCUGCCAAGUUUGUGCCCCUGACUCCAUCCUUCUCUUUGCCUCCUUCUAUCCCCUCCACUUCAUCUUCUUUUGCUGCCGAGCCCCCGAUGGACUUCAGCUCCCCACCUCAGUUCAUCCCCUGCCUGGAUACCUCUGCUGCACGCCAUCGCAUGUCUGUCAAGCCCAGAAACCAAAGAGCCUGCACCAAGAAUAGACUAGCUGCAAGCAAUUCUACGUCUCAUUCACACACCCUGUACAACAUUGACCACCCUGAGCUGGCGAAAGAAGAAGAGCUUGGUGCUCAAGACAAAGUGACAGUGGAAACAGAACAAGAAGAUACUGACAUCACAUCUCAGUGGCUUCCUUCAAAAUCCCAACAGCUGGCACCAGUUAUAUCAGAAGCACCACCCGUAGCAUCUGGUUUAACCUUUUGCUACCAGGACAAUGCUCCUUCUGGGAAAGUACCCUCUGUAUCCUCAGAAGUACUUCGAGUUAAGCCUCACAAACCAACAGCUGUGUUGUCCUGUGAACGGCCACAUUCGUCCUUUUUAGAGUCCGAACUAAAGGACAAAAGAGAGCGGGAUUUUGAGAUACAAGUAAUAUCACAUGAAAAGAGGAAUACUCUAAAAAAGGCUGGACUGACUGAAGAGUCCUCGGACCAGCUCUCACCUACUUUUGGUUCAGUGUCGCCCUUCAGGUCUUCCUCUGUUCACCAGCAGGUUAAAAGUGAGAUAGUGAACACAAAAGAAAUAAGAAGACCUUCCCCAGGUGCUGGAUCCUUCCAUUUCUCCAUCACCACUGCCAAAAACCAAGACAAGGAGAGACCCAAAUCAGGCAGUUUUGUGGGAGCAUUGGAACACGCUGAACCCAGGCCAAAGACAAUGGAGAGAACAGAGGAUAAAAUAUUUUCAAGUAUAAAGGAAAAGGUGGAACUCAGAGAGUCGCAGCCCAGAGGGGGCCCCUUUGUUAUGGGAGGACUUAGACAAGAGGGUUCUCCACCAAAAAGCUCAGUCCUACUGUGGGACAGGAGAGACAGCCUCAAAAAGUUAGAAUCAGUGACAACAUCUACAGAUACCGGCAGUGCGGUGGGGAAGGAGGCAGAGAGCAGCCAGGAAGUGGUGGAAGAGGCAGUGGAAGCACAGGAGGUCCAGGAGACUGACAGAAAAACAACAUUUGGUAUUAAAUUACGCUCCACCUCUCAGUCGAUGAGACUUAAAUCUGAUGCUUCUUCUAACCAUCACUUAAAGCCACCCGUGUGUGACGAGCAGUGUGACAAACAAAAAGGACAGGAAAUAAAUGAUCAUGGCAUCUACAUGUCUAAAAAACUACCAGGCAACUUCUCUUACACAUCAUCCACCUCUGGAGAUGUCCGACUGACGGAUCCAGCCCCACCUGGCCUCUCCCUUCCAAUCAAGACUAACCUGCCAUCUACCGAUGAUCCUCACAUCAUGUCGACAGAAGUCAAAACAACCCCCUCAAUCCCCAGAGAACCAGAAACUGUCAGAGCACCUCAGGAGCCCCAACCUGCCCCCCAGGCAACCUCCUCUGAGGUGUCCUGGAUGAGGCUGGCAAUAGAAAAGACCAGAAGCCUGCAGCAGCUCUUUACUAGCAGAUUGCCCAGAGAUUUUACAGGCAUGCACACCAUGGCACGACCACAAGCACAAGUGCAGCCAAAGCAUCAAAAUGAAACACAGAUUGGAGCACAAACGCAGACACAGACUGUACAAAUGCAGCCAAACACAACACCAGCAAAUAAACACUUGACUGACUUGGUGAAAACAGAAGCAGUGGAAAGCAGAAUUCAAGCACAGGCCAUCAAACCAUCACAAAGAGCAAUGCUACCGAAGCUGUCGACAACAUCUACUGGAGUGUCAAACACUUCUACAGAACCACAAAUGUUAAAACAAACAAAUGAACCUCAAUUACACCUAAUUACAACUCAGUCUGCAUCACCGCCAAGGGGGUUUGUGGUACAUCCACCUGUACAGACCACCACAUGGACAACCCAAUCUCCUUCAUGCUUUUCUACACUAACAGAGACCUCGUCUCAGUUUGCCCAAGGGAGUGCCACUCCUGCGCAAUCUCACCUCUCCUCAGGCCAAUACGACACACCCCAACAACCUCCUUGGAGUAAUCGAGGUCUCCACCGCACCAGCCAGCUCAAAUCCACAGCUUCAGUUUCUACUGUCUUGUCAGCCACAGCUCCUUCUCCACUGUCUGCCUCGGGAACGGGUGAAAGAGAAGCCACCAUGCCGGAAAAAGGGGGUUCAUCACUGUCAGCAGGGUGGGCAGUGUGGGUUGGGUCGGUCAGCGAGAGGGCUGCUUUGUUGGAGAAACAGACAGAGUGGACCAAUCCAUUUGGAGCCAAGGGGGUGGAGCUGAAGAAAGCUCAAACAGAAGUGCAGACACCAGGUGAAUCCCUUGCCUCAGCAAGGAUGAUGCCUCUGCACAAAGACACAAAACUGGAUGGAAGACAAGGGGUAAAAGUUGCAGAGUCGAGCCCCAUCAAAGUGCAAGUUGGGCCUUGUGAGGAUAAAUGGCCAAGGAAAAAUGUAUCAUCUUCACCUUCACUGUCACCCACACAGCCAUCAGUGUUGCAGUGCAUGUCUGACAGUGGCCAGCCAUCCUGGAUGGAACUUGCCAAAAGGAAAGCGAAGGCUUGGAGUGACAAGUCCAUGGACUAAGAAGGAAAAUAGAUAAGAUAUGCAAGGUAUGAAAGCAAGAAUAUGAACAGCUCUGCAGAUAGCCACCACCUUUGUCAAGGAAAAUGAGUUGAAUGUUUGAAUGUGAGCAUGUCAGAAAGAUGUUGAUUUGACUCUAGGAUAAUUUAAAAGACUGUUGUGUUUGAACUGUAUUUAAUUGUAAAGGGAUAAUGUUGUACUGAAAGGCUGCAUGAAAGAGAAAACAUAUAAACAUUAAAUCCCUCUCCAUCACAACCACUUCAGAUAAAGGGUAUUUCCAAACUGUGUGAUUCAACAUUUCAUUGCUGUGAAUACCUAUGUUCAAUAAUAAAAUUUCUAACAUUAAGUGCCAUUUAUAAAGUGCUUUAUGAAAAGA